UCGAAAUUGGAUUAAACAAAAUAUAAAAAAAACCAAUCAAAUCGAAAUAAAAACAAGCAAAAAAAAAACAAUUAUUUUGUAUGCCAGUUUCUGUUUGACAAGUUUGAUUCCCCACAAACAUCACAGCCAUAAGCCUCAACAACCAGCAUGAAAGGCUGGUUCGACGCGUUUCGAGACGAUGGGGGACCAACGCUAUAUUCAUUCUCCAACCGAACACCCGUCACCGGUGAUGUCUCCAUUGUGGCAGUCUCUGUUCUAUUUGCCACAUUCUAUGUGGCAUUUUUGGUCAUAUUUCCGGGUGUACGAAAGCAGAAAUUCACAACAUUCUCGACAGUCACACUGUCGCUCUUUGUGGGUCUAGUCAUACUGGUCACUCGUUUGGGAUCCGCGUGGCAUGUGGCACAUGCAACCAUCAUUGCACCGUACAAAGCCUUCUCACGCGAGAAGCUACCAGCUCGGAUCGGCACCCACAUUGGCCUCAUGCAUGUCAAUGUAACGCUGACGGCCAUACCCGUGGGUAACUAUACGCCACCGGAUAUCGACUACAACGAGCGCUUCAUGUGGGAGGGAGCCACCGAUAUGAGCGCCAACUAUCGACAUGCCCUGCAGCGCGGACUGCCCUUUCCCAUUCUGACGGUGGCCGAGUACUUUAGCCUUGGCCGCGAGGGCUUCUCCUGGGGCGGACAGUACAGGGCGGCGGGUUAUUUUGCCAGCAUAAUGCUGUGGUCAUCGCUGGCCUCGUGGCUGCUGAUGAACCUCCUGCUGAUUGCCGUGCCCCGGUAUGGGGCAUACAUGAAGGCGCUCACGGGCGCACUGCUCGUCUGCACCACCCUCGGAUAUCAUUGCCUGUUGCCCAAGCGGCCGUUGUGCAUUUAUUUGGAGGGCGGACGACUGGAGUUUCACUUUGGCUGGUGCUACUGGCUGGUCCUGGUGGCAGGUAUUCUGUGCUUUAUAGCGGGUGUGCUGAUCUCCAUCAUUGAUCUGGUGUGGCCGCAUACCUUCUCCACGGUGCUGGAGGUGUACUAUGGCACGCCCUACGACCGCCAUGUGAUCCUGGAGGAGUCCAGCGAUGUGCGUUACCGCAAGCCACGCAACAGUCGCAGCCUGGAGGAUCCCCCCGGUCUGGGCUCGCGCAUACUGCGACGCCUAAGCUCCAAGGCGCGUGACAUGCAGCACGGCACGGCACCGCGACGUGACAGUCCCGCGGGCGUCUCCAACAGCGCUGGUGGCGCUGGCGCUGGCGCUGGCGGUGCCGCAGGCGGCGUUGAGAACAAGGGUUUCCAGUCGGAUGUGCCCAAGAGUCCGUGGCGCUAUCCCUUCAGGCGAUCGCAGCAGAUGCCGCCGCCACACCAGCAGCAGCAGCAGCACCAGCAUCCGCUGCAGCAGCAGCAUCCCCAUCCCCAUCAGUCGCACCAUCCGCAUCAGCAUCACCAUCAGCAGCAGCUGCAGUUUGUGGGCGGCCCUGUGGUGCAACAUCCUAUGCAUCAUAUGCAACGCACCAUGUCCCAGGACUCGGGAUCGAGCAUGGGAUCGGCAGCAGUGCAAAUAUCACCGCUGCAUAAGCAUGCACUGGCCCGAAUGUUGCCUAAUCCGCCCGUGGAGCGUAUACGUGACAUGGAUCACUGGUGAUGCCAUUGGACAAACCAUUAAUUUUUAUAGGGCUUAAACAAUUCUUAACUAUAGUUCGAUAAAAACAACAACAAACAAGCUAAAACUAAAACACUU